CAAGGAUCUGUUCUUAUCUGCCUAGGAUUGUUUGCUUUCAUUGCAAUUGUCGAUUGCCAGGAAAACAAUAAUCUCGUGUCCAUACUAACCGACCACUCUAUACAAUGCCCACCGUUUGACGAUCCCAACCAUAAUGUGAUGUUGCCAUAUCCCAACGACUGUCGCAAGUAUUACGUAUGCCAUAAAGGACGAGCCUAUGAGCAACAGUGUCCUGUGAAUUUGUUCUGGAGCCAGCUGACCUACCGUUGUGACUACAAGGAGUACUCCAACUGCAACUCGGAUAUUCCAAGUACCAACCAUGAUGUUGAGGUCAUAUUCACUGCAUAUCCCGGAGAUUGCAGGCGAUUCUACGAGACACGUAUCCUUCGCUGUGAGCAAAACCUCCAGUGGAGUUCAGUAUACCAGAGAUGCGUUGCCCCACAAUAUGGAUUGUCAGAUUGUCAGAGCUAUCCUGUGACCUUGCCACCCGAAGUUCCCUUCACCCCAUUGCCCACGUAUCCAGCCGUUCCAACCGUUCCCGCAACCGUGACACCUUAUGAUGCCAUGCCCACCGCUGGUACUCCACCGCCUGUAACUCCUAUGGAAUCAUUGCCUCUGCCAAUUGAUGUCCAAUCGUUGUGCAAUAACAGUCCUCCCAAUGCGUACAUUCCUUAUCCGGGCAGUUGCAAGAAGUUUAUACAUUGCGGACCAACAGCAACCAUUCUUUCAUGCUCAAACUCCUUGAAUUGGAAUCCUGCCCAGCGUGCGUGCACCACUUCCAGCAAUGGGUGCCAGUCUUCUUUUAAUUGA